AUGGCCGCCGCCUGCCGACACCGGGGCCAGCGGCUCCCCGAGCCUGAGCCGGCCAGCGGCGGCCCCCGAGCCCUCCGCCGCCGCCGCCGCUCGCCCCACCGGCCGCCGCCCGGCCACCGCAGCGCGCCUCCGCUGCUCCCCUUCGUCCUCUGCUGGCUGUGCGGGAGCGCGGGGGCCGCCCCGGAGCCAGGGAGCUGGGCAGUGACUGUCAGCAACGGAUCAAGACCAUUAAUAUUUAGGAAAACCAUGUUUAAUUCUACUGAGAUCAAGCUUAAAAUUAAGGCAUUCAGCUGUCCUGAACCUGUGAAUUUUACCAUAGAGUGGCAUUUGAAAUAUCAUGCAUGUCACAACGAAUAUACUAAGUUGGAAGAACUGUUAGACAAACACAUACUUAGUGGUGAUGAAGACUUCUGUGAAGAUUAUUUCCAAGGAAAACAAUGUCUCAAGCAAAAAAGUGAACGCUUAAAUUGUGACACUGAUUUGCAGAUGUUUCCUAUGUUGAGUAGUAAAGAACAAACAGUAGUAAAUAUGAAAAAACUUCCAGACAUGCAAGGGUCAAUGGAUGAUGAUGUAGCCACAACAUGGAGGGAUGGACCAUAUCUCUUUAUUAUUUCUUUUAAAACAGAAAAGGAAGACACAAACUGGAAUUUGAAUGUUUCUCUUUCGAUGGUGGGCCUUCAUGGAUAUAUCUCUGCAUCAGAAUGGCCUUUAAUGAUUUUUUACAUGGUGAUGUGCAUUAUUUACAUUUUAUAUGGUGUGCUCUGGCUAAUGUGGUCUGCCUGUUAUUGGAAAGAUUUAUUAAGAAUCCAGUUCUGGAUUGCUGCUGUUAUUUUCCUGGGAAUGCUGGAAAAAGCAGUAUUUUAUGCAGAAUAUCAAAAUGUCAGUACCACAGGACUGUCUUCCCAAGGUUUAUUAAUGUUUGCUGAGUUGAUUUCUGCAAUUAAGAGGACACUAGCACGCCUCCUGGUUAUUAUUGUGAGCUUGGGCUAUGGCAUUGUGAAACCCCGUUUAGGAACAGUUAUGCAUCGAGUGAUCGGACUGGGUGCUCUUUACUUCAUUUUUGCGGCUAUUGAAGGCAUUAUGAGAGUUAUUGGGGCAAAAGAAUCUGAUCUUGUUCCUCUGGCCAGCAUCCCUUUGGCUUUGCUUGAUUCUGGCUUAUGCUGGUGGAUAUUUGUAAGUUUGGCACAAACUAUGAAGACCCUAAAACUAAGAAAGAACACAGUGAAAUUUUCACUCUACAGACACUUCACAAACACUCUGAUUUUUGCUAUAUUGGCUUCUAUAGUAUUUAUGAUAUGGACAACUAAAAAGUUUAGAUUAGCAGAAUGUCAGUCUGACUGGAUGGAACUGUGGGUUGAUGAUGCAUUUUGGAGAUUCCUUUUCUCUCUCAUUCUUCUAGUAAUAAUGUUUUUAUGGAGACCAUCAGCAAAUAAUCAAAGAUAUGCUUUUACACCCUUAAUAGAUGAUUCAGAUGAUGAAAUUGAAGAAUUCACAGUGGUAUCUGAAAAUUUAGCUGAAGGCAUAAAGCUAAGAGCUUCAAAAACUGUUUCCAACGGAACACCUGUACCUGCUUCUUCUAAUAGUGUUGAUGAAGAUUUGAAGUGGGUAGAAGAAAAUAUUCCUUCUUCAUUCACAGACAUGGCUCUUCCAGUGUUAGUGGACUCAGAUGAGGAAAUAAUGAUGACCAAAUAUGAAAUGUCAGAAAGAAUGUUAUCUUCAGAAAAGAUAAUGUAAUUAGAGCCUGCAUAAAUGAAGCCUGGUUAAUCAUUCUUACCCAAGCUCUAAGAAAUCUUCACCAGCUGUGCAUAUAUAUUUAUAUGUAUUAUUAGUGUCCAGCCGUCUGGUCUUUUUGUCUUGAGUACAUGAUACUCCCAUCUCCUGCUUCUGUGCUGUACCAUUGAUCUGUCCCCCAUAUCUGGAAUGCAUGUCUACCUCCAGUCAUCUCCACCUCGUACAGUACCUGGUUUUCUUCAAGACUGAGCUCAAGCAGCACCUGCUACAGAAGGCCUUUCCUGGUCAUCUGUCCCACCCAGCA